UUUCUUGUAUUCUUCUGACUGUCGCAUGAGCGUGCAGAACUUAAACACUUUCGAUCCCUUCGCUGAUGAGGGCGACCCUCUUGGAGACAACCAAGACGUUGGAUCUCAGGCAGACUACAUCCACAUUCGUAUUCAGCAGAGAAAUGGAAGGAAGACGUUGACCACUUUGCAAGGCCUGCCCAAGCAAUACGACUCGAAGAAACUUCUAAAAGCCUUCAAGAAGGAGUUUGCUUGCAAUGGUACUCUCGUCGAUGACGAGAAGAUGGGCCAAGUCAUUCAGCUGCAAGGUGAUCAGCGCGCCAAGAUCUCCACCUUCCUUAUCGAAAAUGGCAUCGAGAAGUCUACCAUCAAGGUGCACGGAUUCUGA